UAGCAACUUCCCAACUCAAAAAUGUUUUAUCAAUUCAACUACUGAGAUCCAAAAUGGCAGAAACUAUCACAGACGUAGUAUACCCCGAAGAACUUGAAUUUUUUGUACAAAGUCUACGGGAAUUUCGUUUGGAGCAAAUCGGUAACCGACAAUGGAUGGAGUGUCACGAAUUUGUCAUCAAGCUUUCCCAACAAGCCACGCUCGAAGCUACGAUGAAUCGAGAAGAAGUUGUAAAGGAAUGUUUGAUCCUCCAUUCGAAAUUAAAGGUGUUAGUGCACGAAGCGUACAGCGUUUUCGUGUGGAAAACUAAAGUCCUGCCACUGCUGUUGGAAAUGGAAGCCAAUCCCCCGGCAAUGUUUAUGAUAUACACGGUAUUGUUCCAUGAAGGAGCAGUUAUAUCCCUGCUGGAAAUAGCUUUGUUCCACCAACAUGGUUGCGAAGCCUUGGAAGACUCCGCUGCGGAUUUAGUGGAUUAUUGUGCCCUGGGAAUGUCGCAGUUGAUUGGAUUAGUUAGCAUGGGAUACCAUGAAAAGUACACCAAAGUGGACGUAGAUGAAUCCAUUCUCAGCGAAUUGGAACGAAUUAAGAGAGAUUUGAUAUACAAAAUUGGUUUGCGAUGCAUCUCGAUCCUCAACUACAUGGUGGAUAAAUUGGAUGUAAUGAGCUUAAGCGUUGGGAAGAGGAUGGUCACAGUGCACGAUGUUCCUUGCUUGCUAAGCGAAGUUUUACACUUUAAACCUUGGCUGCGGAAAACUGACAAAGGCUACCAAAAAUACAUAGAUGAAAAAUGGAAAAAUGUUGUAGGAGAUGAGUUUCUGAAGGUUACCAAAAUAGAAGCACAAACAUGGUUUUGCUUACGACAAAUUCUCUUCAAUGAAAACGUAAUGAGGAACUACGAAAUAACUGAGUUUCGUCAAAGGGAACUGGCCAAGUGCCAAGGACUCUUGUUCGACCCUAUUUUGGAUCAGUUGCCACCGCUCGCUGAACUCAAACAUUAUCUUUGUACAUUGCAAGUUUCGGGCUCCGGCAAACAGUCUAAAAAUAUGCAGAAUCUGCUGCUUGAAGAAGUACCUCAAAUCAAGGAGAAGAUUAUUAAGGACGCCGACGAAUAUGGAGGUUUCAUCCAAGUUGCUGAGGACCAGGCCGAGGUAUUCCUAACUUCCAAAAAGGAAAAUAUCUUUGAGAUGGCCAAACGUCUAAACGAUGCCUAUAACACGGACCUACUGGCAGAAGUUGAAGCCGUUUUAGAUAAAAAGGACGAAGAGGUUUCUGAUGACAACGCACUGAAGAAGUGCAUCAGCUGCAAAAAGGACGCAGAGAAACGAUGCGCCCGGUGUUUGAGCGUUUACUACUGUUCACGGGACUGCCAAGUUGAAAAUUGGCCGGUACACAAACAAUACUGUCAAACUACGACACAGGCAUCCGCAAAAUGAUCCAAUAAAGUCUCAACUGAUCACAAACUAAAA